UGAGUUCUUGUUUCAUUGGGAUAUCCAAACACCUUGCAACUCCUACUGUAACAAUUAUAGAAGCACUCAGUUUACAGUCUUGUGCUUUCAUUUUAAUUUUUUUUUUUUUUAAUAUCUUGAGGAAACACUUGCUCUUGUUAGAAAAUAGUUCCUCAACAAUGUUGUCAGUGAUGUCCUUUGAAAAUUACCAAAUUAUUUUCUUAUGAAAAAAAAAUUUUUGUCAAGGUAACAUAGAUGCAUACUCACAGUUAGGUAAUUUAGAAAGGACCUUGAAUUGAUAGCAAGUGUUUCCCCAAAAUAAAUCCUUAUGCAGUCAAGUAAAAUCUGUUUAUUGAUGUCUAGAUAAAUUCUCACAUUUCUCUCUUUGGUUUGAAGAGCUGAAUGAGCUUCAUAGUGAGAGAAAAGAACUGAAAGCAAGGUUUUCUAAAGAAAAGAGUGACUAUUACUCUGCCAUGAGAGAAAUAAAGAAUCAAAAACAAAGAGAAGAGGCUACCAAGAGAAAGAAUGAAAAGCAAACCAUGAUGAAAGCUGUGGUCAGCAUCAGAGCCAUACGCCAGCUCUAUGAAAAGGAGAAAUCACUUUGUGACACCCUCAUCAGCCAUUUGGAGAAGUUGCACUCAAGUUUGGUUCAUCUCCCAGAAAUUCAAGGGGCAGCUUCAACAGACAAGGAACCAGUGGUCUCGUUAUCUGCAAGUGCUGACUUUUCCUCAUGUGGUGAGGGAAUGUUUCUCAGGCGCAAGUCAGAUGCUGAUGACCUGGUGGGAGUCUUUGCUGGAGUUCAUAGAAUAUCACGGAAAGGCAGUCGCAAAGGAAGGCGUUCGUCAGCAAAAGAGGUGCCUCGUAAAUUGAACCUUCAUCCAGAAGUUGUUGAACAUCUUUUAAUGCUUGGUUUAUCACCACCCAGUACUGCCGCUGAUAUUCCAAAGGUUCUUGAAGAGCUUCAUGAAAAGAAGGAGUUCUAUAACAAUGCUCCAUCGUUAAGCUCUGUGCUGGCACUUACCAGUAAUGACCCCAUGUCACCAAUAAGUGAAGAAGCUACACCAGAAUUCCCAACUAAAUUUGAGGGGAAAGAUGCAAGUAAAAUUUCUGAGGUGUCAGCCAAAAAUGAAAGCACAGUGGAGAAAGUUGAAGAUAAAGAAGGAGGUGAACAUUUGCAUGUCAUUGUUUCUCAGUCUUCACCUGAAGGUGAUGAAGCAUCUUCUAGUGAAAAUUUGGAUGAAGUGAGCAUUGAUUCAGCUGAGGAUUUAAACAGUUUGGUAUCAGGAACAGAUAAAAAUUUGUCAGAUAUGGAGAGAGCAGAGCUUGAAAAGUCGGCUUCCAGUGAAGCUUCCACAGACAAGCCAGUUGCUAGUCGGAAUUCUGAUAAAGGUGGGGAAGGAAAAGGGAACCACAAGCUUACACACACUAUGAGUGAGCCUAUAUCAGUUGUCCCCUCACCAUCAGGCAAUGAUUUGUGUGAUUCAGACAAGGUUGUUAAAAAGAGUUCUGAUGUCAAGAAUAGUUAUCAUGUCCAGGAAGAGAAACAUGAAUCAUCUAUGAAAGACCAGAUGCUCUCCAGGUCUGAAAAAACAGACGUAGCUUCAAGGGAAAAUAUUUUCUCACCACUUUCACAAAACAGCACCAGUGCAGAACAGCCCAAUUUUACCAGCUCUUCUCCACACACUCCAAAGCUCGCACUGGAACAAAAUGGCUUGGAAGUUGCCUAUGAGAAGAAUUCCUUAAAGGGGGGACACAAUAUUGUUAAAAUGCAAUGUGAGAAGUGCCCUGCUUAGAUCAUUAGGUUAGUAGUGUUUAUAAGAUCUCUUUUAUAGACCUUUUCAGUGGCGGAUCUAGAGGAGACAAUGGGGGAGGGGGGGGGCUGGGCCCUCCCCUUAUUUUGGGUUAAAAAUAAAUAUUGCAAAAGUAACACCAGCAGACGACACACCAAAAAAACCAACCCCCCUCCCCCCCUCUUUAGCUCAUGGUCUGGAUUCGCCUCUGCUCUUUUAUGAAUAGCAGGUAUUGUUAGUAAUGAUUAUUUCAGUAGCAUGCAUGUGCUCUUGGAUUAGCUGUUUGGAAUGCUCUCAUGUUGUAAUUAAAAUUCUAAACUGGUAGAGGACUUCUCAAAGCUCAAUACUCAGACAACCAAAGAAAAAGUGACACUUUUAUGAAAACUUUUACUUGUAAAUGAUGGGUUAUACAAGUUUUUAUCCCUUUGUAACUUCUACAAAUGAAUUGGCAAUGACUCCACCUGAAAUUUAGUUAAAUAUGAAAGAGGUUUAUGGUUUUGACACCUAAAAUGACACUUUCCAUAAUAGGUGAAAUUUUACAUUUCUACCAGUAGUCAUCUUAAAAAUGGGUAGACAAUGUUGGACCAAGUGCUUUCUUGCCAUAUUUAAGACCUGCUGCUAACUUACAAAAUGAUUUUUGGAAAAUUUGCACUCAUUUCAAAGUUGCCAUGAUGGUUUUUGCCAUAUUUAAGACAUGCCACUAACUUACAACAAGAGUGUUGGAAACUUUGCACACAUUUUAAAGUUACCAUGAUAAAAAAAUCAGUCUUACGUACAAAAUGAAAGGCUUGGCAUGAAGCCGCUUGUAAUUUUUACUUACAUGCGCAAUUGUCACAAAAACAAUACAAUAAUGGUGACUUAUUUUUAAUCAGAAUUUAUAUUAGAUAAGUCAGCAUUUCUCCGUUUGGACAAAGAGUUAGAAUUUGUUAUCAUUGAGAUGUAUGAGAUGGGAAAUUUUACACAAACGUUGAUAAUUAUGUGAUUUGAACAAACUGCCUCUAUUCGAUGUGGGCUACGUUUUUUUAAACUGGGUUUGAAACUUAAACUUGGUUGCACAAGAGUGACCAGUAUCUAUAUUCUCCUAGCAAUAGCACCCCUGAAUCACACAUUAAGGUCACAAGAAUAAAGAAUUCAUGUUAUCAGUGAGUUGUAAUAAGAUGGGAAAUUUGACACAAACUUUUUGAACAAACUGCCUCCAUUCAGUGUGGGCUACUUUUUUAAAACUGGGUUUGAGAAUCACACAUAAGGGUCAUGAGAAUAAAGGAAAUGAUCAGCAAUUAAAGAAGCUCUUGACUGUUAAACAAAUUCUCCUUUUCAGCAUUUUUAGGAAAUAUAUGAAGUAGAGUUUGGAGAAUAUGCAUGCUGGUGUUAGGGUGUAAAAGUAUUGGAGAUGAACUAACUCAAGGGAAAACUCUUUUCUUUUAUAAUUUAAUUUGUGGUUUGGCAGAACAGGUGUGGUGUUUGUUGUGUUGUAAAUGUAAAGAUUGUUUUCCUUUUAAGGUACAGUAUGUCAGUCAGAGCUUAUCCAGCUUAGUCUGUGGUACAAUGUUGAUUUUAUUGCUGAUUUUCGCGUGAAUUCUUAGUUUGGGUUUAGCCCUUAACGGUGAAGGUGAUCGACAUGUUAUUUCUCCUGACAGUAUCACUGUUGAGUAAAACAAAAAGGACAUGGGAAUGAGGGAAAUAAUCACCUACCAGAGAAGCUCUUGAUAGUUGAACACCUUCUCCACUUCAGUACUAUGGGCAGUAGAGAGAUUUAGCACCUCGGCUUAGUGAAACGGCCAACGUCAGCUUGCGCUUUCACGUAAAAUUGCGUAAACCUUGCUCCUUUCGCUUAGCGUGAGUUCCUGUCAUGGUUGUAUGACUUACAAGGAAUAGUUUUGGUGCCUUUUUCCGAUAAUAACCUUUUACUGUGUGAAAGAAAAAGUGAGAAAAAUCUUAUGUGUACUGCAAACGCAAAACAGGUUACUUUCACGUAGAAACGGCAAAGCGCGACCAGCAAACGUGAGAAAAUGGCGGGAAGAAAAACAAGGUCACGUGGUCACUCUUAUCGCUCACGUUUUUCUUAAAUGUGGUGCUAAAUCUCCAUUAAAUGUAAAGAGAGUACUAAGGAAAAUAUACACACUGAUCUUACGGUUUAAAGUGAUAAUGGUAUCUGGUUGACUGUAGUGAUCUGAAUUAUCAAUUGAUUUUUCUUUGGCCUUGAAGACCUAGAAGAAAGGAAUUCGCAUAAUAAGGGCCGGUUAUUUGAACAAAGUUCAGCCGUUGUUUAGCAAAACCGCAUUCUAGGUCGUCUUCAACUUAGCCGAAGCUCUUAUCUAUACAUUUACUUUCGUGAACAGUGUCAAGAUGGCCGAAAGCUUAUAGUGGAAGGACAUUUCUUUAAUUAAAUUAAAUUGAAUCAAACUAAAAUUAAUAUAAUUAAAAAAAAAAAUAAUAAAGAAUUAAGUCUACCCAGUUAUGGAGAAUCACUGCGGUUCACUGCUUUCGUAUUACCGCGGUUUGGGUUAGACUUCGUAUAAAUAACCGGCCCUGAAUAUUUUAAAAAUUCAAAUUUGGGUACUGUUAAAGGUGGAAUAAAAGAAUUCUCUUGGUUCGUACCAAAUUGCAUUCUGGUUGUAUGUGUCAAACUGGUCGCACCCAGUAUCGUGGGGUUUGCAACGCCAUGAUAAACAUCUUCAUAGAAAUAUUAAAAUAAAAGCAAAUGGCAUAAUUUA